CGAGAAGGAAACUCUUCGACAACGGAACUCUGUCUUACUUCUCUCUUCAUGAUUCCAGAGCAAACGCCAAACAACACAGAAACGCAGCCUCGAGAUGGCGGACGGAAGCCAUAGAUCUCCUGCACCUACGGAAGACCACAAUGAUUCUAGACCAGCUCAAGAAUCCCUUUCCUUUACUAUGCAACGCUUUCUCGAGGAUCGAGACGAUGAAAUUUUGUUGCAUAAGCAACAACCAAGUCCUGAGAGCUCUCGAAGUAAUCGUUUACAGGCGGUCAUCGACGAAGUGGACCGACUGGGGUUAUCUGGAAAAGACGCAGAAAGCAAGCAGGACAAGUAAGGGGAAGAACCGAAGGGGGAUGGGCCAUGUAUGCACAUGAGAUAUUUCGGUGUAGCGAGAUAGAGGCUUGCAUUGGUCUUGGAG